UUUCAACGUGUUUGGGGUUGCAACGCGCCGCGUGACCGCUUCAGAGUCCACGAAAAAGGAAAUCCUUUGCCAUAAUACCGAGCACUGUCUCCAAAUUCGGUUGUGUGACGAUUAAAAAAAAGGCUAACAUGCUAAUGUAGCAAAUCGCAAGAGCCACGAAAAUUGUCAAACGAAAGCGAAAUCGAACAGUCAGAAAACAAAUUGUUGCUCCAGCCGCCGCCGCAGACGCCGCCGAGCAGAGAAGAGACGAAGCGUGGUGUGGAUAUAUCCAUAAAAAAGGAACAUAAAUAAUUAAUUUCAAUAAACCCAAAUACAUACAAAAUGUCGCCAUUCAUGGAGAAGAUGCUGUUGUUGUUAGGCAUGCUCUGCUGCAUACAAGUUACCACUGCCCUUAUGUGCUAUGACUGCAACAGUGAGUUCGAUCCUCGCUGCGGCGAUCCCUUCGAGCCGUACUCCAUUGGCGAGGUGAACUGCAGCAAACAGGAGCCCCUGGAGCACCUCAAGGACAAGUACAAGCCCACCCUGUGCCGCAAAACCGUGCAGAAAAUUUACGGAAAGACCCGCAUCGUACGUGGCUGCGGAUAUAUACCGGACGAGCGCACCGAUGCCGAGUGCGUGAAGCGCUCAGGUACCCACGAUGUGGCCGCCAUCUACUGCUCCUGCACCAAGGAUCUGUGCAAUGGCGCCAACUCCCCGCUGGCCCAGUGGAUGAUGCUGCCCGUUGUCUUUGCCGCCGGAUUGGCGAUCCUGUUGAACUCGAGGCACACAAUACGAUUCCAGAGCUCGUAAAUUGGGCUUGUCCUAGCAUUUCACUGAGUUUAUUUACCGUACUUAUCGUUUUCGAGAUUAUUUAUAAUGGUUUUUCGAUUCAGAUCUGCAGUUGAUGCUCAUUUAGUUGCAUAAUUUACAAUAAUUUUUAAUUUAAUGUGUUCGUAAGCAUAAACAUAAUG